UGCAAUGUGAUACUGUAAAAUCGUCGUGUGACAGGAGCAAUGAUUUUAUUCCCGCGGAUAUUGUCGACUAGGUUCCAUCCGCGAUGCAUCGUAUGCACUGUGUGUCAAAUAUCGAGGCGAAGCUUUCACAGGAAGCUUCCUCGUCAAGCUUUACCCCCAACAAUAUUGUCCGAGGUGUUCGCCGGUAUCAAGACCAAGAAAAUCGUGGCCGCUGACUUUGGCAAAGAUGCCACUGCCGGAUCUGAUUUACAGAGAGCGGUCAGUUUCGAACCUCUGUGCUUAAAAGAAGAACUACUAUGCAAAGUGACCGACCCAGUCAGGGACUGCUGUCACAAAGUGUCGAUCGUAGGAUCUGGUAUGGUCGGCGUAGCGAUCGCGAACGCGAUUCUAUUCCAGAGGAUCUCUUCGCACGUCGCCAUGGUCGAUGCUUUCCCGAAGAAACUAGAAGGAGAAGGAAUGGACUAUUGCCAUGGAUCGGUGUUUCUCGGGGAUCCGCGCAUCGAGUUCGAUACAGAUUUCUGCAUCACGAGCAAUUCGAAGGUGAUUAUAUUAGCGGCGGGCGUGCGUCAGGUAAAAGGGGAAUCCCGUUUAGACUUGGUGCAACGAAAUUCGGAGAUACUGAAAAACAUAGUGCCGACAUUGGCGAGCUACAGCCCGCACGCGGUGUUCCUGAUUGUUUCGAAUCCAGUUGACAUUUUGUCGUGGGUAACGUGGAAAGUGAGCGGGUUACCGGUCAAUCGAGUUAUCGGAAGUGGAACUCAUCUCGAUUCAGCGAGGUUUCGUUACCUGAUCGCCGAUCGCAUCGGAAUGGCCCCGAGCUCGGUGCACGCGCAGAUCAUCGGCGAGCACGGCGACAGUCAGGUUCCACUCUGGUCCGGAGUGAAUGUCGCGGGAGUGCAGUUUCGCGAUAUACUGCCGAAUAUCGGCCUCGAAACCGACGACGAGAGGUGGUUCGAAGUUGCUAAGGAAGUCGUUAGAUUAGGUCCUACUGUAAGGUGUCUGAAGGGGUACACGAACACGGCUAUCGGUCUUUCGGUUGCAGACAUCGUUAACGCUAUAUUGAGCAACUCGCAGAGAGUUAUGCCUGUGUCGACCUUGAUCCAAGGUCACCACGAAAUCUGUCAAGAAGUAUUUCUAUCACUGCCAUGCGCCAUCGGCGAGAGCGGUAUCACGAAUAUCAUACGGAUGCGAAUUACAGAGACCGAGAAGAAGUUGUUCCAGGCAUCGGCGAACAUGGUGUAUAACGUACAGAAAGACGUAAAAACUUCGUGA